UGUCACUUUGUAUGUAGACUCAGAAAUAAGACCAAAGUGCGUCCACGUGCUUAUAAAGGUUAGAACAUCCAGUUAUUCUUUAGUUUGUGUAGACUAGGUACAAAAAAAUUGGAUUCCCGUGCUUGAGGACGAAGAGUCGAGGGGACAUAAGGUGCUGAAGAAGGCAAGGAUGUCUUUUGCAAUGGUGCGACCAACCCCAGGUCACUUUCUGUGCUCUGAGAUCAGGAUGCUCUCCGAGGAUGACGACAACGGCAGCGAAGGCUCUGGAUCCGACGACAAAACCUUCAGCAUGGCAUCUCACGGCUACAGCACCUUCAAGAUAGGCGCUCGCAACAAAAGGUACGGCUGCAGAUCGGUGGCACUUACCGCCGAGAUCCGUUCUCCCGUUACCGAAGUACGGCCGAGGAACACUGCGAACGCCCGGGAACGAGAUCGCACCAACAGCGUUAAUACAGCGUUCACCGCUUUGAGGACGCUGAUACCAACCGAACCCGCUGACAGGAAACUGUCCAAGAUCGAGACGUUGCGGUUGGCGUCCAGCUACAUCUCUCACCUUGGGAACGUUCUGCUGGUUGGAGACGAGCGCGGAGACGAGUGCGGAGACGGCCAGCCCUGUCUCAGGAGCUCUGCAGCUUUGUAUCAUCACCAUCACAACCUCCAGAAAAACACAACACCCAGCCCAGACUCCGAGAACUCUCAGCCCAGACAAAUCUGCACCUUCUGCCUCAGUAACCAGAGACGACUGAACAAAGGCAGAGAAAGAAAAACAGCCUUAAGGAGUUAACGACGGAAGGAGAAAAAGCAUUCUCAUCACUUCUUUCUGAACACACGCGACUGACCGAACUGCACAUCCGGUGUACGUUUGCUGUAUAUAAGCGUGAUUAUAACUUUGCUUAAUCCAGUUGCGGCAGUAUAAACUUCCCGGUGGACUGCAUCAUUAUGGACAGGUGAACUGAAUCUGCAAUGAAUCUGCUAUUCGAUAUUUAGAAGCAGUAAACUGCAUUCAUUUCAUCAUAAAUGUAUUAUUUUUGUGUUUUAUAAAGGACUUAACUUUUCUAUAGAAAGGGCCAAAAGAGACAUUUUUUGCUAUUUCAAAAUUACACAU